AAGGGUAAAUCCGUCAUUCACAAUUUUCUUCCAACAAAACAAAACCCUAGCAGAUCUCCUGGCAUCGUAUUAUUCCAAUAAAACCCUCUGCAUCUUCUCCCACCCAUCUCAUCUCAGCAGCCGUUAUCGUUCUCCACAGCAAUGGCUUCAGAGAGGAAGCAAGCGAAUCCAAUGAGGGAGAUCAAGGUUCAGAAACUCGUUCUCAACAUCUCCGUCGGUGAGAGUGGAGAUCGUCUUACUCGUGCUGCUAAGGUUUUGGAGCAAUUGAGUGGCCAGUCCCCUGUUUUUUCCAAGGCAAGGUACACUGUGAGGUCAUUUGGAAUCAGGCGUAAUGAAAAGAUUGCAUGCUAUGUAACCGUUAGGGGUGACAAAGCAAUGCAGCUUCUGGAGAGCGGGUUGAAGGUCAAAGAAUACGAGCUGCUGAGACGCAACUUUAGUGACACUGGCUGCUUUGGAUUCGGUAUUCAAGAACACAUUGAUCUGGGUAUCAAGUAUGAUCCAUCCACCGGUAUCUACGGUAUGGACUUUUUCGUGGUUCUAGAACGCCCGGGGUACCGUGUUGGCCGCAGACGCAGGUGCAAGGCUCGUGUUGGUAUCCAGCACAGAGUUACAAAGGAAGAUGCAAUGAAGUGGUUUCAGGUGAAAUAUGAAGGAGUAAUUCUCAACAAGUCUCAACAAAUUGGAGCUUAGUUUGAGGUGACUUUUAACUUUGUUCUCUUUCCAGAUAUUAUAUUUCUAUUUCUUUGUCAUUUAUGCCUUUGAAUUCUACCAGUUUUAUUACAAUAUGGGAUUUUCUCAGUUUUAUGACAAGAUGUUAUUUAGCAUCUUUUUUGACACAUGUUGUGAUUCCUUCAAGGGAAGUUAUUAUUA